CCUCCGGCACCAAAAGCACAAACGGCUACAGCCUCCCCCGGUUACAGACGCCGUCACCACCCCGGCUCCGACCACCACGGGCCUCCUCCGGUUCGAGCACGACCUCCUCAACUUCGUGCUCAAUAAAAUGGUUCCUGAAGGGCUCGGAAGGCAUGUUACAUCAUCCAAGAAAGCACAAGCUAAAUGGUAUAGGAAGAUCUCGGAGGCUUAUGUAAGAAUAGAACCCCCUCCGAAGACAUCGGCAGAGGCUGCCAUACUAGUUGCUACAGCUCUGGGCAAGAUCCACAGAGCUAAUCUGGAGGGUGUUCUUUCCUUCUACGGCUUCGUGAUUCCGACACCAUCUGUAGUCACAAAGAACCAUCCGGCAUCACUACCGCAUGGUGUGCAGUUCGUGCUGAACACUUUGCCGGUACAUGCAAAGUGCAUUGGAGAUGGUGAUGGCUUUACUGCUUAUGUAGACACAGCAGAUCCAGGUGAAUCAACAAAUGUGCCACAAGAAGUGCGCGAAGCUGUCAUUGCAAUGGCGCGAACACCCAAGCUCAGGAAAAGCCAAAAGAAAAAUGUGCUUCAAACUAAACUUAACAAAGCCGGAUAUAGGAUAAUAUAUACUUCAAAAGAUGAGAUCCUUGCAAGGCAAUACCGUUUCAGAUUGAGGGGCAUUGAUGCUCCAGAGAAGGAAAUGCAGUAUGGGAAGGAAUCCCAGGAUGCGCUAGUGAAGCUUAUUGCUGGCAAAAGUGUCAUGGUUCACGUAUAUGGGCAGGACCAGUAUAAUCGCUAUGUUGGUGAUAUCUAUUGUGGUGGUGUGUUCAUCCAGGAACAUAUGCUGAAGGAGGGACAUGCAUGGUAUUGCAAGAUUUACGACAGACGCCCAGAAUUUGCAGAGUGGGAGAUGAAAGCACGGCAUGCACGCCAAGGGCUUUGGGCAUCUGAUAACCCUGAAAAGCCGUGGGAUUGGAAAAGGAAGCACAAUGUGAGACAUGAGAAGAGAUCUGAUAACCCUGAUAAGACAAUGGAAUGGAGAAGGAAGACUGCACAAUGCGAGAUACAAGAGCACCCUAUUUCAGUUAUCCUUAUGGACCUGAAUCUCAAGUGGCGAGCUCUUGAAUGAUACAGAAGUCAAACAGUCUGGUAAAGAUGGAAAUUUAGCGAAAUGCAGCAAGAGCCAAAAUUUCCAUUCUCUUAUUCGGGCUUAACCUUAUCCUUAAGUAAACUAUGUACAGUUUAUGUGUAAAUGAAUUGUGGAGAGCACUGCAUGUAUACUAUUGCAAUAAGAAGUAACUUG